AUGAGCGAUGGCAAAGUUCCGCAAUGCAUCGGCGCCGCCGAGGACCAGGAAGACUUGGACGAGUUUGAGGUCACAUUGGAUGCUCUAUUUGCAGCCUCUCCAGGAUUCGCAUCACGUGUCACUCUGGCCUUAUGCCUCAGCAAUGCAUCGGACGCAGUUGAAACCUUGUCCUUGGGCUUUGCAAUCCCAAAGUUUGAUGGCAGCUUCGGUGACAUGCGGCUGCCGGCUGCGGCGGUUUUUGUGGGGAUGCUCGCAGGAGGAUGUGCUGCAGGUGCUUUGGCCGAAGGACUCGGCCACCAGCGUUUGCUGGUGAAAAUGCUGUACCUCGAGGCACUGUCUGCCUUGGCAACCACAGCUGCGACAGGCCCAUGGCAGCUGGCCUUGUGUCGUUUCAGCAGCGGCAUCGCCAUUGGUGCUGCGGUACCGCCCAUUUUUGCCUUGGCUGAAGAGCUGAUUCAUCCCAGGCAACGACGACAUCGAAGUCUGAGUCUGAUCGCUUCCUCCUUCAUCUCUGGCAGCGUGUUGGUUUCGCUCCUGGCUUGGCCCCUCUCGGUGGGUUGGACCUGGCAGGCCUUCUAUGCUACAACAGGUGUGGUUCCACUCUUCAACGCUUGGCUGGUGAGCCGCUGGGUUCCAGAGUCUCCAACUUUUCUGCAGCAUCAGGGCCGCCGCGCCGAGUUACUUGCGGAGCUGCAGCGGGUGCUACCCACAGGGCCCACAGGGCCUCACCGGCCUUCCCUGUGCUUCCGGGUGGUACAGGAAGCCAAUGAUGGAGUCAUCAGAGCCAUAGAGGAAAGAUCGAUGAGUGGGAGGCUUCAACUGCUGCGACCGAUGGAUGUGGUGCUGCGGCUUGCGGCGAUUUGCUUCUCCAUUGCCUUUGCUUGGUAUGGCCUGUCCACUUGGCUUUUGCAGCUCUUCCAAGAGGUGGGCUUGAAACAUCGCUACAUCACUGCCAUCGCCUAUGCCCUUUCAGGAGUGCCCGGCUGUGUGCUGGCGAUCCUGCUCCGUUGCAUGGAGCCACCGAAACUCUUGGCCUUUUGGCUGCUGCUUACGGCAUUGAGUUGCCUCAGCAUCAGUCUCAUCAAGAGACCAUCUGGUGACGACUCCGGUCCGCGACCGUUCUUUGCGGCUUUAUGCGUGUGCCUUUUCAACAGCGUCGCAACUGCGGUUUUCAAUGUCUUGACCACUGUGUGGGGCGCCCCCUUUUCUGCAUCCUUGCGGCCGUUUGCCCUGGGCACCCUCUCUGUCUGUAUGCGCUUGGGGUCCAUCGUGGCGCAGUUCGUGGAUGGAGCCCUAGUUCACGGUCACAUCUCCGAGAUGGCUUUGGUACCUGCUGUUCUGCUGGGCAUGUCUGCUGUCGCUUGCUGGGGCAUCAUCCUUCCGAAGUAG